AAGAUGACGUCGCAAUGCGCUCCCGUCGUGAUGGUGGCGGGUCGUGCACGCGCUAAAACGGUAAUGGCUGCCCUAGAUCGGCGAAUUUCCAUCCUUGAAUUUGUAGGGCAAAGCUGGACCACUUGGAUCGAAAAAGCGACUGUAUCUACAUUGGACGGGUCCUCUCUGGAAGAGUGCAGCAAAAAUGUGAAGAAACGGAUGGAAACUAUGACUCUCAAGAAAGAAGACAUGUCGAUAUAUGGCCACUGCCCAGCACAUGAUGACUUCUUCCUGGUGGUGUGCAGCCACUGUGGGCAGGUCGUGAAGCCACAGGCUUUUGAGAAGCAUUGUGAGCGACGGCAUGGCCCCUUCAGCAAGGUCUACGGUACACCAUCAAACUGCUCUCCUGACCGACCCCAACAUGGGACACCCCCCUCCCAACACUGCAGCCCCUGUGAGGGUCAAGACAGCAGGCAUCAGGGGGCUGGACCCCCACGAGUCCCACCACCUCAUUCUCCGCACCAGAGACGUUCCAAACCACAGCGUGAGGGACCCAGUCUUCAGCAUGUGGAUAAAAUUUCCCAUGGAACCCCUCCAUCACCUCCACAUUUGCCCACCCCACCAAAAAAAGCACCUCCAUCAGCCGAGAAACCAAUCCAGAAGAGUUUGGAUUCACACGCUUACCUGCACGGACCAAAAACAUACAGCAGAACCUACAAGAAAGUCCUUAAGAAAGAAUGUGACUUUGACAAGCACUGUGGGGUGAUGGAUCCUGAGAGAAAGAAACUGUGCACCAGACUGCUGACCUGUAAUAUUCACUCCAUCCAUCAACGUCGGCAGGUUGUAGGGAGGCGUAAACCCUUUGACCAACUUGUAAUGGAGCUGAAGAUGAGCUCGAAGCCUCGAGAGCGCCCCCCUCUGUCCAGAGAGGUCCCCGAUGGAGGCUCUGUCCACCAUGAGAAUCCUGCGUCUCAGAUUGGGCCUCUGCACUACAAAAGCCAAAUGACUAACUCUUCUAUUCUCAGGUCCAUGAAUCCAUCAGAGGGUGUUGUAGAGAUGAAGGAUGUGAUGCGCUCUGAGGAAAUGCAGGUGGAAUCUCUCUCAGCCGGUCUCUCCAGUGAGGAGAGUGAUGGGGAGAACCGUGAGGAAUUUGCUCAUCUGCCAGCUAGUACCUUGCACCCCAAGCCCCUGGGUCUUUGCACCUUCGGGGCACGUGUGCUUGGCCGUAGUGUCUUAGCGUUUGACCGAAGGCUGCUCCACCUGCGGUCAGCUUUCAGUGUCAUGAUGGAGCAACACCUCAGCACUUAUCUGUGGAAGAAACUCCCUCAGGUGUCAGAUCUAUGCUCUCAUCAACCCCUAGUCACCACAAACACUUAUAAUUCCCAUGAUGCCACAUGCGGCUCGGUACCCGUCCGCAGCGCCUCUACUCUCAGGACAAGCACCUCAGGACAAUCACAGCCCACUAACCUAACAGCCGCCUCCAGACUUCCAACGAAAGCCCAGAUGCCCUCAGGCCCCGGCCGGCAACGUAACCCUGCAGGUCGGACCAGCAAACAGGCUUUGCAGGCGAGUUUCAGGGAGCUUCGGGAGAGUCCUGCAGCCAGUAAACGGCAAAAAUCUCCCAAAGAGGACAAAGACUUGCCUGGAGAGUCAAAAAUCCUGUUUCUCCCCCACCACAGAGACCGCCAGUCCUCCUUGACCAGAAAUGCGAUUUCUUCACCCCAUGGCCCGUUCAAUGGUGCUCUCUCACCUGGCAGCAAAACACGCCCUCCUGAAAUGAAAGGGCUGCUUAAGCAAAGUCCUGCCCACAUCUCCCCUUCUCCCUCCCCGGAGUCUGAUAAGGGAGGGGCCUCAGGACUCAAUCAAAGGGCUGUUGGGAAUGAGCAUAAAGGGCCUGGCAGGAAACGUAAGACCAGCGGUGCCUCUCCCCCCAAAAACACUUCAUAUGCCCCUAAACCCAAUGUCCUCUCCUCUCUCUCCCAGACUCACUCCGGCCUGGUGUCCUGGGGUGGGGAUGGCAGACCAGGUUCAACCUCCAACAGUCUGCCAAAGAAACUGGCUGCACAAACGCCAAAGCUUCUUCACUGAGGGAGUCUGCCUUAAACUCCCCCAGAAGCACAGGCUUACUGCCAUGUAUUUGCCACAGACUUUAUGCACAGGAUGGUGAAAGUGUCUGAAGUUCAUGUAGGAGGACGUAUCUGUAUGCAUGUAUGUAUGUAUGUGUGUGUCUGUAUUUUGUAUACUGAAUGUCUAUGUGAGUGAAUGUAUUGGUGAAUGACCUGCAAAUUAAUAUAUAAAUACCUCAAGACCUUCUUUAUGCUGCUAAACGGACUGUCAGACUCUGAAAUAAAUAUGCCAAUGUGU